ACAAAAUAAAUCUAGUUACGCUAAUUAAAAAUAAUCUACAAUUCUGAUAAGAAAACGAAGAAUUUCAGUCUCAGAAUCAUAACAACAAACACCAUGAACACUUCCACUUCAGUUCUAUAUUUCCUAGUCCUGACUUUGUUUAUAGUCAAAGCCCAACAACUUGAAUGCUACGAAUGCGAACCCAAGGCCGUUGCAAAAUGCCUAUCACCGCACACAAACAACAUCACAGCCGUUCCUUGCUACACUAGUGACGAAUUAGCAUCUAACGAUACCGAAAAAAGCGACUAUGAGUGUUUCUCCCUGUAUUUUAUUGCGUGGACCAAGGACGAUGAGUCGGGGGUUUACCGGGGGUGUGUUGAAAAGGGAGCCAUUGUUUCUCUCGUGGAUUUUUUCAAAACAACGGUGAAGGUCGGUAAUGUCACCAAUUGGGUCACUUGUGCAGAAAGUAAAUGCAACGUGCAUGAUAUGGGAAGCAAAGCCUAAUUUGUGUAUUGUCCAGUUUUUUUUUCAGUUAAGAGUUGAUGGUCACUGGAUAUUUAUGCAUUCUGUUCUAUUUUGUAAUUUAACAUUUUGAGUAAAUAAAUAUCUAUCUGUAA